AUGGGGAAAUUAACCAUCACGGUGCACAAAUGCCACGUGCUGCGGUCUCCUGGGCUCGAAACGGUCAAUUGCCGCAUUCGAAUUGUCGUGGAUGGUGUGUAUAAGUUCCACACACGUAGCAAGCUGAACACAUUUAGGCCUACAUUUGAAGAGUCAUUUACAGUGGGCAACACAAAUCGUCUCGCUGUAAUUGAGGUAUUUGCGUACAAUUGUGCUCCAUAUGGUAGUGCUGAAGAUGAACGGCUUCUUGGCUGUUGUCGUCUCUCGAUUGAGGGGUUAGUUCAGGGUGAGAAGCGUACGAGGCAGCAUGUCAUUGUGGCAAAGGACGAUACUGGUAUAAUAGGCACGAUUCAUAUCACACUUAAGGCCGAUAUCCCGGGUGACUCCGAGCCUGUAAUGACCGAAGUUGUAGAGAAAAAAUGCGUGAAGCGACUGACACGUUUUUUCAUUCAGUGUGACAGGAGUCGAUUGGCGGAUGUGGACUUGCUCCUUGCGUCCGUGAAGGGACCGCAUGCGCUGGCAAGCCCACCAAGUACACCAGGACCGGUGUCGAGUUUUGAGAUAACAACGAUGAGGGACAGGCAUGCAACCUUCGAUGAUUUGAUGGAGAAUCUCUGCGCAACGUAUAACUCCCAGGAGCCGCCACUGUACAGGCUCGCUGUUGUAGUUGAGGGCUGCACAGAUCUCGAGCAGCGGACAAUGUAUCUGCCGUCACAGGUGGUAGUGGCUAUUCGUAGCGCUUCUGAGGACUUCGUCACGCCGUUGCGGCCCUUCACCGCUAAUCCUGUGUGGGGCCGACCGACUGGUCUCGUCUAUUUCGACGUCAUAGACCCCAGUAACUUCGUGCUCGACAUUAUGGUGUACUAUAUUUCUCCGACGUCAAAAGAUAGUGAAGUGGGGCGGGCGCAGGUACGUGUUUCCACUCUCACACGUGAUCACUCUUCUGCGCGGCAGGUAUUCAUUUUUAAGCAAAAGGACUACAUGAUGCCACGCAUCACUGGUAUGGUGCAUCUCACCAUGAAGCCGUUCUACUUUGGUUUGGUGCCGAUGAAGGUGGCAGAACACAUUGACGGAUUUUACCAGCGGCUCAACCGAUUUUUUUACCGGUACGAUCGACGUCGCAUUCCACAGAUUGACGCUCUCAUCAACGCCCGUCUGGACCAUCUCGAUGAGUUAAUGAAGGAGUUGGAGAUUCAGUACGGCCGAGAGCCUGGUACCAUUGAGCUAUGGGUGACUAUUCAAGAGCUGCACUCGCUGCAGCUCGAUGCGACAACAAAUCUGGACGAAAAGGACGUUGUUGUUUUGGUGACAAUGGGCGACCAUAUAGUGCGCACAGAGCCAAAGCGAGUGUUGGGGCUCUCGCGAACUGUAAUCAACCAGACCUUCAUCUUUGAUGUCGCACGUGAGACGGACAUGAUUAAAUUUCAGGUGGUACGGUCACGUCAAGAGAACACUGUGUAUGGUCGUGUGGAUUUCACGUGCUUAAAACUGCAUCGUGGAGUGCGCAAUGAUCGUACGCUCUACCUCGUGGGCGCCGCCGGAACGCCCAACGCAUACAUUAGUGGCGUGCUUAGCAUCACACUCUACAGUGAGCAGUUGGGCCAGCCGUUCGCCGUGGACAUUGAGGCAAAGCGCAUGUACGCCGGGCGUCUGUGGCGGUAUGUGCAAUCGCGUGCCCCGGAUAAGCUGCAUCUUGUCAACAUUGCGGUGGACACAGUGUUCGACAUGGAGGGUUUCAUGGGGGACAUUGCGCGGGAGUACGGUGAGGAGGAUGCGACGUACGCUGUAUACGUCACUGUUUUGGGUUGCCGCCAGUUACGCACUAACUUUUGGUUUAGUAUGAAUCCGUACGUAGUUGUACGCAUGGGUAUUGAGCGGUACGAAACACAUGUGGUGAAGAACACCGGAGAGCCGGAUUUCUUUGACUUCUUCGAAUUCUUCGUGGAUAAGCCGAGGGAUGCGCACCUGACUCUCAUUGUAAUGGACCGUUGCGAGCUCGGCACAGACAAGGAGGUGGGACGUGUCGUUAUACCAUUCGACGCGGUGGAGCUGGACGAGCAGUACCACGAGUGGCUGCCACUCACGAACCCUGACGAUGAAAGCAACGGCAUCAUCGGCGUAAGAUUCAUUGUGAAGAAUCUCAAUCUUCGCGAGAUGCUUCAUGGGGAAAAGCAGACAUGCACCUCUUCGCCUUUGCUGGAUCAACAGCAGCAGCAACAAUCAUUACAGCGUGAUAUGUCCACGACGUUGACAGAUCGAGGAAGACGGCCCAACACAUUCCGUGCACGAUUUGACGAGUGGCGCAGUAAACUUGCGCGUGUAACGGCGCAGUUCCAACUGCGUGAACAUGCUUCUAACAACAGCUCCAUCGCGUCGACUGACGCGAGCUCGGUAUUCACAAGUGAGCAGGAUUCCAGCUACCAUGUGCCGAUGAAUCUCAUGGAUGAGGGUAUCCAUACCGUUGAUGAGUUCUUCUCGGUCUCGCGGGGCAGCAAUGUGGGGCACGUACCCACAACACCGUCCCACUCCACCGAGCCGGGGCUGGUCUCUGAUGUGGGGUCACUGUCGCUGACCAGGCCAAGAAUGCAUGGCGGAAAGUGGCUACAUGUGCGGCUGCUGUACUGCGAUGACCUUGAGGAUAGGCGACGGGUCCCACCCGACCCGUACGUGAUGCUUUCCACACUCAACAAGACACAUCAGACCAAAAUGGCGUUUCAAACUAGGACACCACGCUACAAUGAAGAAUUCACGUUCUCCAUCACAGACCCGAGCAAUGACUUUCUUAGCAUCACUGUUAUUACCGAGACACCCUAUGGAAAGAAGUGUUUGGGACACUGCAUUCUUUCCAUGAAAAACGUACAGAGGGGAACACCACGAACGCGGCGAGUAUCACUGGUGGUGGCGCCACAUCGCCCAGUGGCGGCGCAGCGCGGCACCGUCUGUCUCACACUCCUCGGUGAGAACUUUGGCUUGGAUUACAUGCCGUCAGUCGACGCUGAGAACCGCUUCCGCGAGAUGCUGCAGAAAUUACUUGCGAGCCGCGCUCCCGAGGAGCUGCAUCGCAUCGAGUGGUUCAUUGGCGAGUAUUCACACAAGGAGAAUGAGUUGGUCGAGGGUAUAAUGGGAAAACUGGAUUCCACCGGCGACAAUAAGAAAAUGGUAGCGGAGGUCAUAAUCACAGUGAAGAGCGUGACGCAUUUGUACUAUAAUGAUCGCCUCGUAAUCUCCGGAUCCUGUUUUGUUAAGGUCAAAGCUGGUGGUAAGAUGCGCUGCUGCACAAAGUCUGUGAAAGGGGCGAAUGGAUCCUUUAUGAUGCAGGAGGAGUGCCAUUUGAGUGUCUCACAGCCCACAACGGAGAAGUUGCGCGUGGGGGUCUACAUCGAUGCGAAAGGAAAGUAUAAAUGUGGGGAGUGUGAACUUUCGCUAGCAGACUUGCACCAAAGCGUAGCACAGGAGCGAACGCACUUUAUUGUGAAGAAUUGUGGUCUUUCCACGGCAACACCCGUAGGCUACGUCACUAUCUCGUUAUUUAGUAGUAACUUUGGUAGCGUGGUUUCACCGUCAACUGAAGACAACGAUGCUCAGUACACGCGUCUGCGGGACUUUUAUUAUUACCACCGACGUGAGCAACUCCAUGCUGUAGACGUCAAGUUUAGCACCACAUUCAACGUUGAGGCACUUAUCCAAAGACUGACAGAGAAAUAUGGCCCAGAGCCUGGGAAUUAUCGCCUCCGCAUUAAUGUGCUACGUUGUCACUCCCUCGUGGUCAAGUGUGGAUCCCCGUAUUGCAUCAUCAAAGUUGGUCUCAUGCAAUAUAAGACAAGCAUCGUUCAAGGGAAUGGGGAGUACGUCUUUUUAGAGGCUUUUGAUGUUCAGAUCGGCCUACCAGAGAAGGAGGAGGUGCAGCUGCUAGUCAUGAUGGUUGACACGGAAUCCGCUGUGGGUGAGGAAGUAGGAAGGACGGUGCUUCCCAUCAAGAGCAUUGCCCACGGGAAGGAGACACAUUUGAAGCUGCCAUUAGUGUAUAGGGCACAGACACGAUUUGCCUCACUGCAUGGUUCCGUUGAAGUGUCUCUUCUCGCCUACAACUUUGGCGUCGACUCUGAGUAUCAGCGAGGUGGUAUCGAGGAAAACAUUUAUGAACGCAUGGAACGGGAGAUGUCGCGUCAUCAUCCAGAGGAUAUGCACUAUCUACCUACCAUCGUGGCGGAGGCACAGGAACAGGACGAGCAUAUGAAUUACACAACGAGGCAAGAACUACCGCUGCAUUUGGACACAACGGCCGGGCACCCAAUCCGAAUCCUGCUACUGAGCCUUCGAGACUUCCCUGAGAAUGAGGUGUAUAUUAAGAUCAAGAUGAAUGAUAACAAGACAGUCCUUCGGACUGGUAACUUAGGAGGAAAGCGACUCGCUCAUAUUAAUGAGGAGUUCACUAUCGAUACAUCGUAUAGCGUUGAAGAGAUUCUUCUAACGGUAAAGUUGGCAGUGACCAGGUUUCGAAGGUCGUGCGCCCUCUGUUUCUGCGACUUCAUAAUUGCCCAGUGUCCGAAAGGCCGAGUAAUAACGAAAUGGCUUCGCUUAUUUGAUAUGAAGGGAAAGCCCAUGGGACAACUGGGUGUGCAGGUGGAUAUGCCAGCCAUUUUAGGGGGACGUCGUGAGGCACGCGCGAUGCCUCCACCACACGAUGUGGAGAGCGCCACAGAUGAUCUUUCGUCCCUGAUGAUGAAGUACAAUCCGAAGGACUUGCGUCGGCUUGAUGUGAUGAUUGGCCACUCCGAUGACAUACGCACCAUCCACAGUCUCUACCGUCAGCAGUUGGCACCGCAGGUGCAGGCGACGGUCUACUGCGAGGUGCAUCAAACGGAGCUGUUGAACCCCGUGAAGGGUCGUCGCGUGGUGGAGGCGACGGUGAAGGCCGACGUCGUGCACUCUGUGGAGCGCAAACUCGUAUCGCAUGUGUUGUCACCUGCCUCGCAGUCGUCCAAUACAUGUCAUAUCUCGACGGGGAAUCUCAACUACCCUCCGCUGCGCAUCGAUAUCACCACAUGUGAUGCACUGGUCCUCCGUGUGUUUGGUGAUGGCAGCCGCGACGAGGCGGAGGUGUGCCGCGCGGUCCUGUCGCUGCGCGCACUGCUCACGCCGCAGCUGUACGACAUGGGCGAGCCGAUCACUGUGCCGCUUGUGAAGGUGCAGCGGCAACGCAACACGGUACGGGCACAAUUUGCCGGUACAGUCACACUUUCACUCAAAUCUCCCGCGUUUGAGAGUUACCCAGCGAGUGUGCUGCUUUUUGAUUCAUCGCGAAAGGUUAACCGCGACUUUGUGCGCUAUUAUCUGGACCGAGUCUGCUCGCUUCUCAAGCACUAUGACGCAAACUCGCUGACAGAUAUCCAUCAAGUUGUGUACGAAAAGUGUGUCGUGAAGGACACAUGGGCGCAGGAGCUCCCCAAUCUUCUUCUAGCACUAGUGAAGCGGUGGGGGCCAGAGAUAGAACCGUUCUCUGCCCCACCUCCCGUGUAG